GGCUACUCACUCGGCGAAGCCGACCUCCCGCUUCUUCAAAGUCGUUUUGGCAGAGAUGGAAGAGCCACCGGCGCGACCCUUCAAAUUCAAGUGGCCGCUAUUCCCGGUCAAUCCGGUGGAGGAAGAAGAGCAACGUCGUCGCUGCUAUAACAUGAUAGAUUGGAGUAAGGGGAAGGAGAGGGAGGACGUGCCACCCGAAGAGAAGCUGCAAGUACAACCGGUCAAUCACGACAACAAUGAUUAUUCGAAGCCGUCGGAAGCUCAGAUGAAGUUAUGGCUUUUCCCGCCGACAGGAAAAUGGGAGUGGGCCACAGGUCUCAAUAUAGAAGAUGCUCAAGUGCUGAGCGUCGUAGAAUCUUGUGAUACAUACGAUAUUACUCUAAAAAGAGGUAAUUUGGGGGGACAUCCUAUUGACUACAUGUGCAAAACGUGGAAGAAACAAAUGCAGAAUCGCUGGGAAGGGUUCUUCACAGAGGCUGCCCUGUAUAAAGCCGAGUGCUACUUGAAGAACUACCAAGGCGAGAUCGUCCCGCGGGUUAUUGGCAUGUUCGACUCGGCCGGGGAAACUCAUUUGGCCAUGGAGCCGCCACAUCCCGUCUUCUGGGUACAGGCCUCACGGUCGAUGCCCGACGUCUUGAAAGAGCGCGUCCUCCAGGCAUACCGGGAUUUACACAACGCUGGCAUCGUGCAUGGCUCCCCUGACCCAAACCGCGUUCUCAUCGGCGCUGACUGCAGAAUCACAAUCACAGACUUCCAGCACGGUCGAUCGGUGGUCCCGAAUGAGCGGC